AAAGCACCUACACAUAUAUAACAGGGUUUUCGCAAGUCGCCGGCUAUAGUUUUAUUUACGCUUCGAAAGAAAGUGCCAAGUGCUAUUAGUCAUUGAUAUUACGAUAUUACGUUUGAAGUAUGAGUCUCAGGCAGUUUCAGAACAUUUCCCGCCAGGCCCUCAGGUGCUAUUCAAUCAGGCGCACCCUUGGCCCCGCCCUCGAGUUGAGUCAGGGUCAAAGGCAGGGCCUCCGCCUCUGCACCGUCCUGCUUCCCGUGAGCUGUGCGGCCACAUCCGCCACUUCCGCCUCCGCAGUCGCCCAGUACUCCACAGCAGCUGCCAUCGACAUGUCUGCUAACGGAGAUUACAAGAACGCCGCCUCGAUUUACGAGUUCACCGUGAAGGACACCCAUGGAAAUGAUAUUUCCCUGGAAAAGUACAAGGGCAAGGUGGUCCUGGUGGUCAACAUCGCCUCCAAGUGCGGCCUGACCAAGAACAACUACGAGAAGUUGACGGAUCUGAAGGAGAAGUACGGCGAGAAGGGUCUGGUGAUCCUCAACUUCCCGUGCAACCAGUUUGGAUCCCAGAUGCCGGAGGCCGAUGGUGAGGCCAUGGUGUGCCAUCUGCGCGACUCCAAGGCUGAUAUCGGAGAGGUGUUCGCCAAGGUCGAUGUGAAUGGCGAUAACGCUGCGCCCUUGUACAAGUACCUGAAGGCCAAGCAGACCGGAACCCUGGGCAGCGGACUCAAGUGGAACUUCACCAAGUUCCUGGUGAACAAGGAGGGCAUCCCCAUCAACCGAUAUGCCCCUACCACCGAUCCCAUGGACAUAGCCAAGGACAUUGAGAAACUGCUGUAGAUGUCCCCUAGAUGUUAGCUAUCUAAUGAACUGUGUUUAUCGCGUAGCUUUAGCUUGUACCCGCCUGGCCACAGAUAGUCUUGUGGCUGGCCACAUGCACCGCAUGUUAUAUAUAUUGUCUACUCUUUUACUGGUUUUUGACUCCCACCCACAAACAUAAUAAACGCCAUUUGUGGUUACCACACCAUG